AUGGGUGUCGUUUACGUUUAAACUUUUUUGGAAGUCGAGUAGUCCCUGUAAUCUUGUCCGGUUGUUUACUCUGUUUUUUUUUUUUCAUGGGAAGAGCUGAAGUUUCUAUGAUUGAAUAUUAAGAGAAAGAAACGACACGCUUUGCAUUCAUUUUAACGGCAGCUGUUCAUUCACCAAAGUUGGGCUCCUCUUUUGACAUUUCUGAAGAAUUUGUAUGAGGGGGAUUUCAGAGCUAUUGCUGUGAAAGACAACAGACGUCCCCACGGACCCAGGAGUUCUUUCAUUUCUGCUCUUUUGAGAAGAUCAUGGCUGUUACUGUGAUGGCAGACGGGGGUGUGACUUUCCUGGUCCUUUCCCUUUGUUGCUUGGCGUCUGCAGGUCUGUUAUCGCGGAACCCAUGUGAGGUGCUGCCUGUGGGGGAGGGCCACCCUGUGCAGGCCCUGUUGAAGAGUUUCGCUGCACUGUCUGGCUGUGCCAGCAAGGGGACCACAGGCUUCCCUCAGGAGGUGCACAUCAUCAACCUGAGGAGCAGUGGCCCUGAAGGGCCUGGAGAGACACCCACUGAGGUGGUCCUACAUGUGAGGCCCAUCCAGUCCCUGCUGGUGCACCAAAAGCCCCUGGUCUUUGUGCUCAACUCUCCCCAGCCUGUGGUCUGGAAGCUGAGAACCAACAAGCUGGCCCCCCGCAUCAGACGCACCUUCCAUGUAUCAGAGGGCUCGGAGAUCCAGUUUGAGUCAGGGAAUUUCUCCCUUUUCUGUGAGGUCCGGAAGGAGACCCUCCCCUAUGGCAAUGAGCACCUCCUGACUUGGGCUCAAAAGAAGUACCAUGCUGUCACCUCCUUCUCCGAGCUCAAGGUUGCCCAGGACGUCUACAUCAAAGUUGGUGAAGAUCCUGUGUUUUCUGACACAUGCAAGAUCGACAAAAAGUUCUUGUCCCUGAACUACCUGGCUAGCUACGUGCAGCCACAGCCAUCAAAGGGGUGUGUCCUAUCAGGCCCCACCCAAGAUAAAGAAGUUCAUAUCAUCGAGCUACAGGCCCCCAACUCCAGCAGUGCAUUCCAGGUGGACGUGGUUGUGGACAUCCGGCCCCUGGAUGUGGAUGGGCACCUGCACCGUGACCUGGUACUCCUGCUCAAGUGUGAGAAGUCUGUCAACUGGGUGAUCAAGUCCCACCGCAUUGUAGGCAAGCUAGACAUCCUGACCUCCGACAGCGUUAGCCUGGGUUAUGACACAGAGAGGCUGAUGCAAGUUUCCAAGACACCAAAACACCUCUUGCCCUCUGGGUCCCAGGCUCUGAUCCAGUGGGCUGAGGGGCAUGGCUAUAGUCCGGUCACCUCCUUCACCACCACACCUGUGGCCAACCAGUUCAACCUGCGCCCGAGGGAGCCGGAUGUGGCGGAUCUUUUGGAUAGUGCUUUUCCCCCAGAUUUGGCCGUCUUGCACAACUCCAACCUGCACCCGGGGUCAGGGAGCUCCUCCCCACGCCUAGGCCCCAGCCUGCCCUUUCCCUUCUCCCAGGCCAGUACACCCCUGGACCAGGGACUGCCCUACCUGUCCCUGCCCCCCCUGCCAGCGGAACGGCCAUGGUUGGGCGGGGAGCCUGAGGAGCAGCAGGGCAUGCUAAACGUCGGCUUAAGUGUGCAGUGCGAAGAGCACCGUAUGGUGGUGAGCGUGACCAAGGAGAGUCUACAGGCAAAAGGGUACAGAGGAGGCAUCCUCACCCUUCAGGACCCUGCCUGUACAGCAAUGUCUAACACCACUCAUUACAUCCUGGAGACCCCGCUGACUGGCUGCCAGACUGUCAGAUACCCUUUCCGUCCAAGUCCUGUAAUCAUCUAUUUCAACUCAGUAAUCAUUACCUCCUCUGAGUCAAAGGAUGGGAGUGGUUGGCCUCUGGAUUAUGAGGACAUGGAGUCAGGAGACAUGAGUUUCCCAAUGGACACAGAGGGCAUGGAGAGGGCAUUCCUGGAACCUGUGGGACCCUGGCCGUCAGUCAUGUUUAACUGCACCUACAGAAAGAACCAGGAUCCCUCUGGCCCGUUUCCCAGAGCUGGCCCUGGAAAGGACCAGGUGAACAACGUGACCUUCAGUAUGGAGCUGUACAGCACUGACCUCUUCUACUACCCUGCCCCCCAGGCCUUCCUCACAACCUCUGAGAACAAGCCUAUCUUUGUGGAGGUUUCCAUCACUAAAGCUGACCAAGAGCUUGGCUUUAUGAUCCAGACAUGCUUUAUCUCAUCCAACUCCAACCCCAACAUUCCUUCUGACUAUACUCUCAUUGAGAACAUCUGCCCCACGGAUGAUUCGGUCAAGUUUUACCCCCAGCGGGUGGGCUUCCCUGUUCCACAUGCACAGAUGGACAGCAAGAGGUUCAGCUUCACCUUCAGGUCGAAGUUCAACGUGUCCCUGCUCUUUCUGCACUGUGAGAUGUCCCCAUGCACAAAGAGACACUCAGAUGGACAAGGCUUGCCUGGGUGUAUACAGCCAGAUGAGGCCUGCACCUCUGUCAAUGUGGAUGUCAUCCUGGCCAUGAUGAUGAACACAAAGACCUCCACAAAACCUCUGGUGGUGGUGUCUGACCAGAAGCUCCCAGAGCCACCAGUUCCCAGCAUGCAGACCAUUUCCCAGGCUCCAGUAGGUCCUCAAAAGGAUAUAAUGUAUGUCCUGGACACUCCCACGGUGGUUGGAAUUGCCUUCACAGCGUUUGUAAUCGGGGCGCUGCUGACAGGAGCCUUGUGGUUUAUUUACUCACACACAGGUGAAACAGCGGGGCCACAGCAGGUCUCCAAGUCCCUGCCAGCCUCUGAGAACAGCAGCGCGGCACACAGUAUCGGCAGCACGCAAAGCACACCCUGUUCUGUCAGCAGCACAGCCUAGUGUUCUGCCAGCAUGGAUCACUCGUGCCACCUGAUGACGUUCAUGUUUCCAGGAUGAAAACAAAUACAGUUGGUUUUUACGAGCAGAGAUAGGUCACUUUUUGAAGUUUCCCAACACAAAACACAUAAUACUCCUCAGUGAAUAGUCUGUGCUUUUUUCUAUUACACCCAAAAAGAAGCAUUUAAAAUGUGCAGCUGUACUACUGUAUUAUAGCAAGAACUGCCGAUCUGGGAGCAUACAGAACAAGGACAAAUCCAGAGGUAAAAUGUGCAACAUGCUAGUGAAGUACCAACCUAGUCUUGUUUUCUUUCCCCAAUGCUGCUUUUCUCCUUAACCAUAAAAGAUAAGUCUUUAUAUUUUAAUUUAUGUGGACUUG